AAUCGCCAUCCUAACCUCAGAUAGGGUAGGAGGUUCCUCAUGGAUGGGUGGGUCUGAUACCACUUGCAUCUAAGCUAACUGUUGGAGGGUCUACCUGGUACAGCUGCUCAAAAUACUCAGCACAACUUUCAUGAACCUCAACAUGAUCUGCAAUGAUCUAUCUAUCCACUGAGCGAACUGCAGUCAUCUGUGAGGAGGGCUUAGAGUUCAGCUUUCUCAGGGCUUGGUAGGCAGGGCGAAGGUCAUUUACCAAGAAGUGGCCUUCAAUCUCCUCAGCCAGCAAGAUUCCUAAUGAACUGUUCCUUGUCCCUUCUUAGCAGUGUCUGAGCCCUACACAUCAAAGAGUGACACAAGUCCUGAUUGCCAUUCAGCCGAGCCAUGUGACACGCUUCAGUGUUCUCUAGUGUCUCCAGGGAGAUGAAAUUCUGCCUUGCCCUCGGGUGUACCCUAAUGGACUCCUGCACUGCUUCGAGUGUUUCGCACUUGAAGGCUUCCUACAGAGCAGCUGGGUCCAUCAGGUUUUUGAACCUACAGGUACACUCCUCCUCCCACAGUCUGUCCAAGUGGAACAUCCUAGAGUGGCCACUGGAGGGAUGAAUAGUUUUGAAGUGAAUCUGUAGGGUAGCCACAACCAGCAUAUGGUCAUUGUCACAAAACUUGGGACUCUGGUAAACCCUGCAAUUCUAGAGGUUCCUCCAUCUAAUGCUGACGAGAAUGUGGUCAAUUUCCUUGGCCACAGUACCCAUAUCGCUAUACCAUGUCCAGUGAUGUGGAUUGGAGUGAUCAUACCAGGAGUUAAAAUCCUCAUUCUCUUGGGACCUAGCAAAGUCCCAGAGAAGGAGGCUGUUCUCACUGUGCUUGGAUCAGCCAUAGGGACCGACAAACAUUUCAUAGCCAGCUCAAUCACAGCCCGAUACCACAUUGAAGUCACCCAAAACAAUACAAAUGUCUCACCAGAGGCAAUUAUCUGCCAAGGAUGUGAGUUUGGCGUAAAAGACCUCUUAAACAUAGAAUUUGCAAAUAUCUGUAGGAGCUUAAGCAGCAAUAAGAGACAUGAAGCCAAAAGCAUGCUUCAGUCUCAGUGCCAUAAUAUGCUCCUCAACUGGUGUUCCCUCAACUAAUGAGGGUUGAAGUUGGCUGGAGAUGGCUGUGGGUACUCCCUGGGUGUGAUGACCAUCACUUUGGCCCAACUAGUAGUACCAGGUCUUCUCACCUCUGAGAGGGCAGCCACUUCAACUCCCAACCGCUCCAAUUCCCUCAAUAGCAGGGGUAACUGCUUAUCCUGCCACAAGGAUUGAAUGUUCAAAUUGCCUACCUGAUAGCUUGCAUGAGGUUAAACCAUGUGCAGUCACUUCGCGUGGAUGCCACACCUGCUAACGCUGCCCCAAAUAAAGGGGGUCCAGUGUCUGCCUGUGGGGGUUCCCUAAGGCUUUGUCCCACAAGCCUCAUGUUGGGUUGCCUAGGGCUUUGCCCCAUAGGCCUCAUGUUGGGUUGCCGCCUGCCGGGGUGCAAGCGGGACGAGUAACUUGCAUUUACAUCCUGUGCCCCAACAUUUGCCCUCCCAACAGGAACUGCAUCCCUCCUCGCUUGCUGGGUGGGAGGGACAGCACCCCUCCCCCCAGCAUAUCCAUUUAUUUUGGUUACUGCUGGUGAGUUAUGUGUG